UAGUAAUUACGCAUUCGCUCAGUCGUGGCUGGCCGGUAGAUACGGAAUGUUCUGUAUCUACUUGGUUAACCGUGUUCACCAGUGCACCGCAGUGGCUUGUUCAAUCUUAGUUCCCCAAAUUUUGCCAGUAUUAAUUCAUAUUUUUAUUAAAUUAAAACAUGUGAACGAAAGUUUUACGUAUUGUUGAGAGUGCAGUUAUUUUCUAGUAUGGCCAAUGACUCAGGGCUAAAAUCGAACAUGAAUUAUCACACAUGGUGAAAUACAUUUUCAAAUACUCACCUUUUUUAUUCUUGACCUUUUUUGUUAGAAAUUAUGUGAUAACUACUUGAGUCUAGUCUAGUCUUCAGCUUUGGUUUAUCUUAGAAUGGUAGAUACAUUUUAUUUAAACCGUAACUAACAAUGGAUAACAUCAAUGAGCUCCCAGUAGAGCUGUUAGGACAUAUCUUCAGCUUCCUUAGCUUACGUGAUCGCAAAAAUGCAAACGCCGUUUGCACCCUGUGGCACAACGUUCUGCACGGUGUUCGAUUCCAACGCCAAUGCAAGGUGUCACUAAAUCGUAAUUUUAACGACGACCUAAAUGACUUGGAAAAAUGUGUUCUUCGGUGCUUCCGAAACAUUCAUAUCAAUUUCUGGUAUGAAACAGAUUUCGAAGAGAAUGACCAACCGGAAAUAGAUGAUAUCAUACAAUUCAAAUAUCUAUACGAUCCUACUCCAGAGCACCACCUGAUUCAGUUACUAUUUGGAUUGAACCUGGAUCUUGAAUGUCUAGAAUUGUCGAUAUCUUUUGAAAGUUGUCGAGAGAUUCUUGAGAAUCGAUUGUCACAGAUUAUUAAUCUGCGUGAGCUUUCGUUAAAUUUUGAAACAAAGGAAAAUAUCACUGCAAAGCAAUAUUCAACCACGUGGAUAAUUGAACAUCAUCACAUAGAAAAGCUCACAAUCGACCUUCCUUGUGCAUAUUUACCUUUUAAAGUUAUAGCGCCAAAUUUAACUAGUCUGGAUCUGCCAUCAAACUGUCGUCGGGGCUAUCAGUUAAUUGAAACUUACUGCAGGCAGUUGCAAUGUUUAAAAGUAACUAUUCAGGAUGAGGACACGGUUGACGAUAUAAUGUCGCUAUCUUUUCCUUGCUUAACGCAUCUGCAAACUCGACCGUAUGACGAUAACGACAAAGAAAUGGAAGUUCGAUACGCACGAACACGUAAUAAAUACGUGGAUGUGGAAAAGGAAGAACAGUUUGUCAUUAGAAUGCCAAAAUUAAGAUGCUUUGAAUCGGAAAACCAUUUAAUGUUCUUUCGCAUUGGUACGGCUCUUUCGAAAUUUGCUAAACAGCUCAUAGAAGUAACUCUAGAGAAUCAGGAUAUGGAUUUGGGACAAAUCAAAGCUUUCGAAGCGAUACCAAUUAAGGUGCUCAGCAUGCAGCGAUGCAAAAUUCGGACCCCAUCCCAGACUCUACCAACGUUGAACAUGCCUCAUCUAAACAGUCUAGUACUGCGCUUCAACGAGUCAGAUAUUGUUUUCAACAACGGACUUUCAGAACUCAAAUCACUGAAGCUUACUCUGUCAAGCAGAUCGAGAAACCACAAAGUGCUGCACAAAAUAUGCCACAACUUGCUGAAUUUGGAAUAUUUAGAAAUAUGGACAUAUAAUGUGUUAGUUAACACAGGGUUUCGAUAUCUACAUAAACUGACGAAGCUGAGAACAUUGAAAAUAUUCGCAUGCCAAACAAAGACACCAUUUUGGUCGCAUUGUUCAGUGAUGCCUACUCUUCGCAGGGUAGUUUUUAAAGAAUGCAACUUAAAUACUUCCACCUUUCAGCAAGUGGCCAAAGUGUUUCCCGGUCUUAAGGAACUCAUUUUAGAUGAAUGCUGUGUAAAAUUCAACGAUAUGAACAGUGGUAAAUCGACGUCAGAUAUGGACAGUGAAAGAUGCAAUUUUUUAUUGCAGCAAUUAAAAGAGUUUUUCCCUAUGUGCACAAUUUCAUUGAGUUAGCAUUUUUAUUGUCAUAUUUGCUGUGUCCAGGAAUUGGCAGCGGAUAAAUAAAACGCAAGAUUUUCUA